AUGUGUAGAUUAAGAAUGCUUCCGGAUAGUGGCUCCACGUCGCUUUCACAAGCAACUAAAUAUUAUAUUAACGAAUUCUCCCCGGUUACAAAGCACGAUAGACUCUCUCGAGGGAGAGAAAAAAGGAAGGAAGGAAGAAAAGAAGCAAUAUGCGAAGACGGCCGAGAGAAGUUGAAGUGGGGGAGAGAAAGAGGAGACUGGGUGGGGCAGCAGACGCCCCGCGGCAAACUGUCAAACUACGCCGGUUCCGCAAGGUUCGUGGCCAUCGGCCGUCCCCAUGGUAAUGCUACGUUUUCCAAGAGCAUGUACACACAAGUAAAUAUGCACUCACAUCGACACGAACGCGAAGCAUGGAGGGUUCGAUGCGGAAAACCGACCGAUACGAAUUGAUUUCGAAUAUAACUAAAAACCCGAGUAAAUUAUAUGAAAUAAAAUGACAGAAAAUAUC